AUGGGUUCUGCAACAUUCAUUUUCUUCUUUGCAUUGCUUGCACUGCCACUUGCCACUCUUGAGCUCUUGAGCUCCCUUGACAAGGAACUGCAGCGAGCAGAACUAAAUCCGAUGACAAUCACCGUUGGACACGAUGGAUCGACGGAUUUCAAUAACAUAACAGACGCCAUUGCAAGCAUCCCACCGAACAACACAAGCAGGGUGGUGGUGGAGAUAAGGCCUGGAUUCUAUCGGGAGAAGGUAGUGAUCCCUAUGGAUAGACAGUUUGUUACACUAUCUGGAGACGCUGCAAAUCCACCGACAAUUUCAUGGAAUGACACGGCAUCCACAACCGGUACAACAUCUAAAAGUGCCGCGGUGACUGUCAUUGGGAACUAUUUCAUAGCCACAUAUAUCCAAUUUGAGAACUCAGCACCAACUCCUAAAAGUGGGGCAGAGAAGGGGCAAGCAGUGGCUGCAAGAGUAAAAGGGGAUAAAGCAGCUUUCUAUCAUUGUGCCUUUGUCGGAUACCAAGAUACUCUGUAUGACCAGCAAGGCCUCCACUAUUUCAGCAAGUGCUUCAUUCAAGGUACCCUUGACUUCAUUUGUGGCAACGGUCGAUCCCUCUACGAGGAUUGCCAAUUGAAUUUUAUUGGCGAGAGCAAAUCUUGGAUCACAGCCCAAAAGAGAGAUAAGGAAUCCAAUAAAACCGGAUUCUCCUUCGUAGGAGGACAUAUCACUGGACUUGGGCAUGGGAUGGUGUAUUUAGGACGACCAUGGGGUCGAUUCUCGACAGUUGUAUUUUCUAGCACCCAAAUGGAUCAACUGGUAGAACCUCAAGGUUGGGACAAUUUUUGGUCAAAUGAAGACCGAAGCAAGACUAUAUACUAUGCAGAAUAUGCUAGUUGGGGGCUUGGUGCCAACGACACAGGCAGAGUUCCUUGGUAUCAUAAGCUGACAGAAGCUGAAGCAAGUACAUUCAGAGGAAAAGACUACAUUAAUGGAUCCACAUGGAUCCUUUGA